UUGUCAGUUUAUUUUGAGCAACCGCGGCGAGCGCAUUAGAACACGCAGAAAUCGAAUCGAAAAACAAUCCGAAAACCCUAAAAUCCAAAAAUCUCUAAAAAUCUCUUCAAUCUUCUAACCAGAAAGCACCAAAAAUAAAUCAUAAAUUGUAAAAAUAAAAUUGGAAAAGUGUUUAAAAAGAGAAUCGAAUUUUUUUUCAAGUUUAAAUUUCAAAAUUGUGCCCGAUAGUGCGCGAUAAUUGAUAAAAACGAUAAGACAGAUAUCGUUAACAAGUAAAGUCCAAAUCCCAUAAUGGGUAAUGCUGGAUAUACCUGCAUACGCCGCACUUUCUGUUGGCUGAAUAUUAUACUUUGGCUCUGCAGUUGCGCCUUCCUGGGCGCCGGCCUGUGGCUGCGCCUCAGCUACGAGGGGUAUGCCACACUCUUGCCCCAGCACGCCGGCCUGAGUGCCGACACCAUCUUCAUGGCCAUCGGAGGCACUGGGUUCGUGGUGAGCUUCUUCGGAUGCUGCGGCGCCUGGGUCCAGUCCCGUUGUCUUCUGGUGUUGUACUUCAUGCUGAUUGUGAUGCUGUUCAUGAGCGAGUUCCUGGUGGGCUCGAUCGCCUUUCUCUUCCGCGGCGGCCUGGGACGGACUCUGGCCAACGAGCUGCGCUUCGGGAUCGAGCGUCAUUAUAAUGCCAGUGAUCGUGGCUCCCUGGUGGCGCCCUCGGUGGCCGCCAUCUGGGACAGUGUGCAACAGUCGUUCGAGUGCUGUGGCGUGUCGUCGUACGAGGACUGGUACGACAUCCAGUCGUGGCAGGGAAAGCGCUGGGUGCCCGAGUCCUGCUGCAGGAUGCUCUACGAUCAGCGUCAGGUGCUCACCGAGGGAUCAGGAGAUGGACUGAUACGGCCAGAUUGCGGAAGAUCGGAAAACCCCGCCUUGUGGUGGGACAAGGGCUGUGCCCAUUCCCUCCAGAGCUGGUUCACCGGACAAUUGAAUGUGGUUGGGGCUGUGGGCCUGGGCAUCGCCUUCGUCCAGCUCUUCGGGCUGAUCACCUCGAUGCUGCUCUUCUGCACGGUGAAGCACAAGCGAUCCUCGGACACCUACAAGUCCUAUUCCCCCUCAAUCGAUCCCCAGACCCGCACCAGCAGUUGGGAGGAUUGAACUCAUCUCUAGGCUUACAAUUAUCUAAAAUAUCCAUAUCUUCCCAUUAGUUUGGUUCUAUUUUCUAGUUUUUAGUUUCUGCAAAAUGUGCCAAAAAUUAAUUUAAUUAUUACUAUUUUUUUUUUGUUUUUUGUUGUAAUUUUUAGGCGAAAAAAAAGAAAACAAAACAAAACAUAUCGAACAACAAAAUUGUUUGGAGGCUUUCUUGGGCAAUCUCCAAUGUGAACACACUCACAAAAAAUACAGUGUUGUUUAGGUAGCGGUGUAUCCAUAUUGUGAUGUGCUCUCUAUUAGUUAAUAGUUAAGAGUUUGAGGCCACUGCUUGCAUUCGGGCCUCUUAACUCCAGUAUGUAAUCCUUGUAAUCCUUUAAAUCAAUAUAUCAAUUAUACAUAAACCUACACAUACAAUUAUAUAUAUUUAUAUGCAUAAAUAUAAUUUAUGUUUAUGUUAUAUUAUAUUAUUAAAACAAAAACAGUAUAGAAGAGAAACGAACAACAACAACUGCCUGAAAAGCAAGAAUUGAAGACGAAAAACGAUAACGAGGAGGCAAAGGCGAAGGCGAAGGCAAAGGCGAUGGCGGAGUAGGUGACGAAAGCUAUUACGAUUAUAAUUAUUUUAUUUAUACGUAUAUAAUAUAUUACAUAUAUUUAUAAUUAUAUUUAUAUCGAAUUGCAUUCCUACACAACAUGUUCGUGUUAAGUUACAAAUAAAUUAAAGUAUUUAUUUAAAUUACAAACAAUAAUAUUUAUGAAAAAAGGAAUAAACUAUUGUUAAAUUACAAGCCAACCAA